AUGUUUCCAGUUAUACUGUAUCUCACAGAAGUACCUGUAAUAUCUACCUCAUUUCAGCUCCUUCAAAAUGAAGCUGCGUUGCAAGGCGUCAUGCAAAAAGAUAUAAAGCCAAUGCUAUUGGACCUACUGGUAAUGAUCCUCGAAGAAGUCACAAGUGCACUGAAUGGAUUGGUGACAGAGAUAAUGCCCUGUGCCAACAUGCACUACAUCCUCGAGGCUCUUGUGGCAACCGGGUGCUCCUCCACCGGUCUCGUCACUCGAUUCUUCGGGUGGGCACUGGCGCUCACUCUCACCAUCCUCUUCAGCUUCCUUUCCUUCGUGGGUCUAUUCAACCUCUGGUGCAUUCAGUCCCACCAGAUCAAACGCUUCUACGGCGCCUAA